UAAGCCCUUAGGCCGAGUUUGUCUCAAGAAGCGCAAGUGCUACUGCAGGUGCAAAGCUGGACAUUGGGCUAGCUGCUGCAGCGACGCCGUAGGGAAAAAAUUACAAAUUUCAAGAUGGCGUCUGCAAAUGCCACAUAUGGACAGAAGGAGUCCUCGGACCAGAACUUUGAUUACAUGUUUAAAAUCCUUAUCAUCGGCAACAGCAGCGUAGGAAAAACUUCCUUUCUUUUCCGCUAUGCAGAUGACUCAUUCACGCCAGCCUUUGUCAGCACGGUGGGCAUCGACUUCAAGGUCAAAACCAUCUACAGGAAUGAUAAGAGGAUAAAGCUGCAGAUUUGGGACACCGCCGGCCAGGAGCGCUACAGGACGAUCACCACAGCCUACUACAGGGGAGCCAUGGGCUUCAUCCUCAUGUAUGACAUCACCAACGAGGAGUCCUUCAUUGCUGUGCAAGACUGGUCGACCCAGAUCAAGACGUACUCAUGGGACAACGCUCAGGUCCUCUUGGUGGGGAACAAAUGUGAUAUGGAGGAUGAACGAGUGGUAGCCACAGAGAGGGGUCAGAACAGCUGGGCCGAAGAAGCUCGAUCAGGAGCGCCCUUUGUGGAAGAACAGCAGCCAAGAAACCACUUGGACACAGAAAGGGGACAGGGAGAAAAGGCUGAGAUACACAAAAGCUGGCAAAGAUUGGAGCCGAAGAAGCUCGAUCAGGAGCGGCCUUUGUGGAAGAACAGCAGCCAAGAAACCACUUGGACACAGAAAGGGGACAGGGAGAAAAGGCUGAGAUACACAAAAGCUGGCAAAGAUUGGACUUCACAGUGGGACAGUAAGUGUAACCGUAGCCUGGCUCUGCCUUUAUCACCCAUCCCGGCAGGUUUCGAGUACUUUGAAGCGAGCGCUAAAGACAACAUUAAUGUGAAGCAGACAUUCGAGCGGCUGGUGGACAUCAUCUGUGAGAGGAUGGCAGAGAGUCUGGACAACAACGACCCAACUGUCACUGGAGCUAAACAGGGGCCACAGCUCAACGAGCAGCCACAGAAAUCCCAUCAGGAUUGUGCUUGCUAAACAUGGCUCCACACACACAAACACAGGUCUGAAAUCUAAGAACAGAUUCUCACUUUUUUCUUCCUUAGUGCACGCAUAAAUAAAUUCCACACAAAAACUGCCGUUACACAGACAACACAGCCUGGCUCUUAGAUUCUCCACCCCUCUCACUGCACCAUGAGUGCUGCUCGUAUGAAUCGGCUUUCCCUGAGUGUGGUGUUUUCACAAAUAGCAUCUUAAUGCUAUAUUCAUUUAGCAUAACAGAAAAUAUGUGAUGGUGCAAGUUUAGUCAGAGGGGUGAAGAACAUUCAGCAGAGGUACAGUCUCAAGUUGUCUUUCUUUUAUACCUACUGUACUAUACACACACAUACACACACACACACACACUACUGUAUCUGUAGAAUUAUACAAGGCCAUCCAAGGCUGAAAUCAUCCCAUCGAAGGAUCCUGUUGUUUUUGUAAUGUUUUUGAGUUGGCUGGGUGUGGUUGUGAGCAUGUGAAGUUACUGCUCCUUCCCACUGUGGUGAUUGAGUUUCUACAGAUUAUUACGGUCCAAGAUGGAAAAUCCAAAACAGGGUCAUUUGAAAGCUUGUGUUUCUUCUAAUUUUAGGCAUGAAAGCCAACAUCAUGCAUAUCGGUUUACUAGUCAAGUAGCUUUAUAGGAUGUGCCACUUCCCAGAUUUAUUUAUUUAUUUGCUUUAUGUAUGUUAGGAGAGCACUGCAUGGUUUGUCCAACUGGGCUCCAGUAGGACGAGUUUUUUUUUUAACUUUAUAUUUUUAAAGACAUUCUAAAAUAAACUGAUAAGAGGUGUUUGUCAUCACAUGAAGAGUGAAUAAAUGUUUAUAAGUCCAUAGAUGUGCAUUUUAAAUGCAUAUAUGAUAUAUAUAUAUCUCAUAUAUAUGUUAUUCAAUCAGAGUCGUACAGGAAAGUGAAUUUCUACCUGUGCUUUCGGGAGAGGUGCAUGUUUUUAGCCAGUGCUGGUUGACUGGGUGGUUAUUUGUAUGAACUGUUGUCUGAAUUUAAACCCCACCUGUCCUACAGUUUCACUACCAGACGUGGCUAAAGGUUUCACAGGCUGAGCCCAUGGCCCCUUCUCGCUGUAUUAGCUUUCAUCCACCACAUAUAAUGCGUAACAUGCACUCACUAGAAAGGCAUGUGAUUCAUUGUGAUCGCUGGUACACCACAGACCUGCCACCUCCAUCAACUUCCAGAUAGUCUCUCAUGUUCUUGUAGAUUAUAUUUUCAUUUUUAUGUUUGGAGGAUUGUGAUGUUUUUAAGCAUGUUAAAUGUCAACUUGUGAGAUUUAUUUCUCUCUCUGAUGCUAAUGGUUUAGGAUUCAUCUGCUCAUGUGUACAGUACAAAACCUUCUGACAGUCGUGCAUUCACAGAUAUGCUGAGGCAUGCAAAAACACCCAAGAUAUUUCAAACUAAUAUAUUUUGUAUUAUUUAUAAGUAUUUAUUUUAGGAUGGAGUUCUUCCUAGAUCAUGGAUUGCAAUCUGCAUUUGACUUUCUGAUGUUCAGUAGCAUUCAGUUGCUUAAAUGGUCUCAGCUUUUAAAUGAUAAUGCAUUUGUGUUUACAGUGGAUACAAAACUUAGGAUGUUUUCUCAAGAAGAAAGUCAAACAUUCCAGUGUGAGAACCUUUUAUCAUGCCCACACAGCUUUGGUGGGAAGUUUGUUUGCCUUUUGAUAUCAGUAAUGUGACUUUUAAGACUCGGUAGUGUAGAAUCAGACUGUUCACACUGAGCAAUAGCAGCUCUUUCCACACCCAAAUAUCAGUGACGUACAACCCUGCUGAAGGUUUGUAACAAAUGUACUGUAUGCGGGUGUGUGAAUGUACAGGUUGUACAAAGGCAAUUGUAAUAAUCGUUCUUUCCAAAGAGGGCUCAACAAUAAGUUUGGAGCCAAAAAGAGCGCUUGAUAGAAUUUUUUUAGACUUGUACUGGCAAACUUGUCUGGUAAUUUUGUGCAGUAGCUUCAAAAAGGGAAAAUGUUUUUGUAAGUAAAGUGAAUACUCUGAACACGUCAUUGAAAUAAAAGACUUGCUGCAUUGGAUGACGUUUCACUUUUUUUUGUUUUGUUUUGCUACUGUAUUAAUUGUGUUUCUGUACGGCUGAUGACUUAGGAUCAUGUACUCAUACUGUUCAAUUCUCCUCUUC